ACUUUUGCUAGAAGCUGUAGAAUGUAUUUCUUUUUAACGCCUUUAAAUAUAACAUGGAGUGAUUGAUCAAAUACAUUAAAAGAAUGUCGACUUCAACAGUUAUCUGGAUUGUUCGAAUAUCAUUGAUUCUAUCUAUUCACAAAUCCAAUGCAGUAAAUUUCAACGUCAUUGCUCCUUCAGUUAGCAAUGCAACAAUUGGUUCUACAGCAGUAUUGCAUUGUGAUCUUGACCCUGCAACCAAUGCUGAAAAUAUGGAAAUAAGGUGGUACAAAUCAAAUCCAAUUCCUUACGUGCAUCUUUACGUUAAAGGAACUAAUGAAGUUACUGAGCAGAUGCCAGAAUUUCAAGGAAGAACAGAACUCAACAUUGAGCACUCUGGAAAAACUAGGAUUUUUCUUCACAUUCAUAAUGUGAGGCCCUCUGAUGAAGGAGAUUACAAUUGUUUCUUUGCCUCAGAUUCCUUUUAUAACGGUGCUAUUCAGACAUUGGAGGUGGCAGCAAUGGGAUCUGAUCCAACUAUUCAUACUGAAAAUUAUGUGAAUGAUGGGAUAAGACUUUCAUGUAGAUCGAAAGGCUGGUAUCCCAAACCUCAAGUGAUAUGGAGAUCUGAAAAUGAGGCCCAUUUACCACAUUCAGUGUCUGAAGUAUCCAAGAAUAAAGAUGGUUUAUAUGAAAUCAAAGCUUUUGUAAAUGCAAACUCCAAUGUUACAUAUUCAUGUGGAGUCAGGAACCCUAUAUUAAAACAUGAUGUACAAUCAUCAAUCCAUAUUUCAGAUGUAUUGCUGGCAAAUCUAAAAAGGAACUACGUUUCACGUUUCAUAAUGAUGUAUUCCGUUUUUUGUGCCUUCAUCGCAUUCAUAAUUAUGCUUAUCAAAGGCCAUGCAGAUAAUCUGACAUCUAUAAAAGGUGUUCAUUCUUCAGAAAAAGGUAAACAAAAAUUCAAUUUGCACAUCGAAAGUCCAGAUUUGGUCAAUGACAAUAUUCUGAGUUGUAAAGAAUUGGAGCAAAGUGCAAAACAAAACUCCAUCAACUUCGAGUUCUAUAAAAUCUGGAGCCCUGUAAAAGAAUCAGUGACACUAAACAUCCUGACGGUACCAAGACGCAUUUGUAAUAAAAUAGAAAUAACAAACAGCCAAAUAUAUAUGAAGAAAAGAGAAUCCAUAUUGAUUGACAGGUCUGAGAAAUUGAGUGCAUAUGCACUUGGGAAUGAAGGAUUUACAUCAGGAAAGCACUUCUGGGUGGUGGAAAUGCUUGAUGAUUGGAACGGAUGCAUUGUGGGUGUAGCAGAAUCCUUUGUGCAGAAAAAUUAUUUGAUUAUUCCCAAUCAAAAAAAUGGGAUUUAUUCUGUGUGGAUUUGGAAAACGGACAUCAAAGAGAAGGACUCAGUAUCCAAGACUUUAAAGCUUAGAGUAUGUUUAGAUUAUGAAGGUAAAACAAUAUCUGUGUUUAAUUAUGAAGCUAAAGGAUUUAUUCACAAAAGAUACUUUCGUACUGGCUUCAAAAAUAAAAUGUUCCCAUUUUUCCGUAUCACCCCUGGAGCUAAAAUUGAACUUUGAUA